AUGAAUAGAAAUUAUCGUGAUGACGAUGAUAUUUUUCAUGGUUUUAUACCUCUAUGGGCAUUGGUUUUAUUUAGUAUUGCGAUUAUAUUUCUCAUUAUAUUUAUUGCUGGUUUAAUAUGUCAUUUGAUUGGUUGUCGAAGACCAAAACAAGACCAAACGAAGAAUAAUAUUCAUUCAUCGAUAUUGAAACAACCAUUACUUGUAGAGAAUAAUCAACUAGAAACAACUUCAAUCAAAUCAAAUAAGUUAACACAAAAAUCUAAAGAUGCACUAUUCUAA